AAAUCUAUGUUUACUUAGUGGAUGAGUCCUAAUCCUUUCUCUAAGAGAGGAAGAAAAGAAUGGGUGUUUCUCUUCUUCCAUCAGCACCAUUCAUGGGACAUUUUCUCCUUGUAUUUAUCACUUUGUGUCUCUAUUAUGAGCUUACAGUGGCUAUUACCAGGCACUACAAGUUUGAUAUCAUGGAGCAAAAUGUGACGAGACUUUGCCACACAAAGACCAUGGUAACAGUUAAUGGACAAUUCCCAGGGCCUCGCAUUGUUGCCAAGGAAGGUGAUCGUCUUCUUAUUCAAGUGACUAACCAUGUAAAACACAAUAUUUCCAUCCAUUGGCAUGGAAUUCGACAACUUCGAAGUGGGUGGGCUGAUGGACCGGCAUAUAUUACUCAAUGCCCUAUACAAACUGGACAGAGCUAUGUGUACAACUACACUAUUGUAGGACAAAGAGGCACGCUUUGGUGGCAUGCCCAUAUUUCCUGGUUAAGAACAACUGUCUAUGGUCCCAUAAUCAUUCAUUCCAAGAGUAGCAUUCAUCACCCAUUUGUCAAGCCUAACAAGGAAGUUCCAAUCAUCUUUGGGGAGUGGUUUAAUGCAGAUCCUGACGCCGUCAUUAAGGAGGCACUUAAAACAGGUGGUGGCCCUAAUGUCUCUGAUGCUUAUACCAUUAAUGGAUUUCCAGGACCAUUAAGUAAUUGUUCUACCAAAGAUACUUACAGGCUACACGUGAAGCCGGGGAAGACAUAUAUGCUUCGCCUGAUCAAUGCUGCACUCAACGAUGAGCUGUUUUUCAGCAUAGCAAACCACACACUAACUGUAGUUGAGGUUGAUGCUGUUUAUGUGAAACCUUUUCAUACUCAAAUCCUUGUUAUUGCUCCUGGCCAAACCACAAAUGUUCUUCUACAGACCAAACCUCACUACCCGGAGGCCACAUUUUUCAUGACUGCUAGACCUUAUGCAACUGGCCAAGGCACUUUUGACAAUUCAAGUGUUGCUGCCAUCUUACAAUAUAAAGCAACAUCUAAAUCUAAUCGUUCAAAUAAAAAGAUUCCACUCUUUAAACCAAGUUUACCUGCACUCAAUGAUUCCUCAUUUGUUAUGAAAUACACGAACAAACUUCGUAGCCUAGCAAGUGAAGAAUUCCCUGCCAAUGUGCCUCAAAGGAUUGACAGGCGAUUUUUCUUUACAAUUGGACUUGGAACAAAGCCAUGUCCUAGAAACGAAACAUGUCAAGGACCAAAUGGAGCAAAGUUUGCAGCUUCUGCUAAUAAUGUUUCUUUUACAAUGCCAACUAAAGCUCUACUCCAGUCCCACUUCUUGGGUCAAGCAAAGGGUGUUUACACACUUGAUUUUCCAAGAACUGUAUUAUUUCGUUUCAAUUAUACAGGCAAUCCACCAAAUAAUACAAUGGUGAGCACAGGAACAAAGGUAGUAAAGCUUCAUUUCAACACUAGUAUAGAGCUUAUCAUGCAGGACACGAGCAUACUUGGUGUUGAAAGUCAUCCUCUCCACUUGCAUGGUUUCAAUUUCUUUGUUGUUGGCCAAGGUUUUGGCAACUUUGACCCAAAGAAGGACCCUUCGAAAUUCAAUCUUGUCGACCCUGUUGAAAGGAAUACUGUUGGUGUACCUUCUGGUGGGUGGAUUGCAAUUCGGUUUCUAGCAGACAACCCAGGAGUAUGGUUCAUGCAUUGCCAUUUGGAAGUGCAUACAAGCUGGGGUUUGAAGAUGGCUUGGGUGGUCAACGAUGGGAAACAUCCAAACCAGAAGCUGCUUCCUCCACCUGCUGAUCUUCCCAAUUGCUGAUAUUCCAACUUCUGCUUAGUGCCUAGCUAGGCUAGAAUCCCCGAUUAUAAUAUUUCUUUCCUUCAUUUAUUCUUGUUAUUUUUUAUUAAUUGCAUUUAAAAAAAAAAUAGAAUUCCUUAUUGUAGCCAUCAAUUUUCAUGUCAGUGAUGAAAUUGGGAUGCUUUUAGUGAGUCA